AUGGAUCUGAUCGGAGUCUACACGUUGUUCUUCUUGUUGGCAGUGCUUUCAGCUGAGUUGAUUCCAUCCAUUAUUGAUAACGAUGAAGUCGCAGCACAAUCUGGAAGUGAACCGUCGUUGCGCAUGAAGCGACAGUUUGGAUGGGGUGGAGGAUGGGGCCGCCCUUACGGUGGUGGAUGGGGCCGUCCUUACGGUGGUGGAUGGGGCCGUCCUUACGGUGGCGGAUGGGGUCGUCGCUAUGGCGGCGGAUGGGGGGGUCCUUACGGCGGUGGAUGGGGAUAA